CUCCUACAUAGCCGCCAUGGGAGCCCCAAAGUAGACGAAGGAGCUGCUUCAAAAAAGAAGAUCUAAGGGUAGGGUGGUCAGAGCCAUACCAGGCAGUAACAUCAAGUAGGGAGUGUGUGGCAGCAUCCAAAAAAAGGAAAAAUGCUUGAUCUCAAUGAGUUGCCUCCUGAUCUCAAUGAGCUUCCUCAUGAUAUGGAUCAGCAGCAACCCAUCAUACAACAAGGAAAAUGGACAGAAAUGGUCAAUCUGUUUACUACACGCAGGCAAGUCAUGAUGGUAACCCUAUGGGCCAUGACAAUGUGGCGGGCCAGUCCUCAGACCGUGGUGCCCCUGUAGUGGUGUCUUUGCAGUCAGAGAGCCAUACUCUUGAUGACACGGGAACCGAGGCAAAUGUUCCUGGUCCAACGAGGACUGAGCUAGGAGCUGGGGCUGUUGACGGAGCUGUGCAAGGAGAAGAAGGAGAGGAUGAGGCUGGUUCUCAACCUAUGGAACCCUAUGUUGGCAUGAGGUUUGACAUCCUUCAAAUUGCUAAGGAUCACUACAACAACUACGCACUACGGAUGGGUUUCUCUAGAUGAACACCUCUAGACGGACACCCCGCACCAAUGAAUUGAUAAAACAACAGUUUUGCUGCAACAAGUUCAAGAAGCCCAAAGCUGAUGAUGGAGGAGCUGAGGCUCCUCCUAUCCUGGACCCUAUUCCAGAUCCAAAAUCUGUUGACAGUGAUGAGGAGAUGGAAGAAGAACCUCCAAUAUUUGCUGAAGAGGAGGCUGGUACUAGUAAGAAGAAGAAGAAGCGCAAACGCGAGACAAUAAAGCAGACUCAGUGCAAGGCGAAAAUGUUGGUGAAGCUGAUAGAUGGGCGAUGGGAGGUGACGCACUUUGUUCGUGACCACAAUCAUCCGCUCGUGAACAAACCUUCAUUGUCCAAAUACUUGAGAUCCCACCAAGGCAUCUCACCUGAUGAAAAGGAGUUUCUGCGCAUCUUGCAUAACUGCAACUUGACUACAGGACGUACGAUGCAUGUAAUGGUAGAGUUCUAUGGAUCUAAGAUGAUGGUGCCGUUCGGACCAAAGGCAAUAACAAAUCUAUGUACAAGUUUCCGUAGAGAUGACACAAAGGAGGGUGAUCUGAUUGAGACAAUUGCGUACUUCAAGGAUAUACAAAAAACCGAUCCAGACUUCUUCUAUAAGGUGAAAUAUGAUGAAGAGGACAUAGUUGUCAACAUAUUUUGGGUGGAUGGCUUAGCUGGAAAAGCUUAUGCAGAGGCGUACCACGAUUGCAUAUCGUUUGACACCACCUACAUGACCAACAUGUACAAUAUGCCGUUCGCACCCUUCAUAGGAAUAAACUGACAUGGCCAGUCUUUCAUGCUAGGUUGCGCAUUUGUGAGGCAGGAGUUGGCAUCGAGCUUUGAUUGGGUCUUUAGAGCAUUCCUAGAGGCUAUGGAUGGCAAACCUCCUGACAACUUCAUCACCGAUCAGGAUGGUGCAAUGAGGCAGUCAAUACAGAGCAUCUUUCCAACCACCAUGCACCGCUGUUGUCGAUGGCACAUCAUGAAAAAGGCUCAGGAAAAAGUUGGUUGGCCGCUGUGCCGGAAUCCAGGACUCUCUGAUGAUUUCAACAAGUGUGUUGACUUCAGCUUCACUAUAGACGAGUUUGAGCAGAAUUGGGCUGGGUUAAUGAUGAAGUACGAGGCUAUGACACACACGCACUUUGAGAAGUUGUACAAAUACAGGUCAACUUGGGUGCCGUGCUACUUCAAACACAGGUUCUUCCCGUUCCUACAGUCUACACAGCGUAGUGAGGGGUUCAAUGCCGUUCUGAAAAGAUAUGUGAACCCACACAACUCAAUGCUGAACUUCGUCAAGCAAUAUGAAAAAAUCUAGAACCACAUCCUUGCCAAGGAAG